UGUUGGUAUCGCGGAUUCUCGGGGUUAUGUUUUGGUCGCUACUUUUUUGUCGCUUGUAAACGAAAAUAUACAAACUGAAAAAAAUGGAGCCGAAGAAAAUAUCAUUCGGUUUCAGCAAAAUUCAGAAAAAACCCAACGUCCUUUCGGCAACAUCAGUGAAAGAGGAUAAUAAAGUGGAACUGAUCAAGUGCUUGGAAGGGCAGACGAUCAAGCUUGUCGAGGAGAAACCUAAGGAAGAAGCGAAACCUCUCGUCAUUCCAAUGAAAGAAUCAACCAGGACCGCUGCCGCGCUCGCAAGCCUAAAAGCCCGCCAUGAUAUAUUGAACGGCAUCAUUGCACCCCAAUCAGACGAAAACAACUCUGAUUCGAAGCCGAAAGAAGUCUCACUUGAAAACGAAACUAUCGAACAAAGAGCCGCACGAGAGCUAUUACAAUCUGUUACGAAAACCGAAGAAAAUGGGACUGAUGACGGCAAGUCUGCCAUUGCAAUUCCUAAGCCAGACGAACUUCCACUGGAUGGUGCGAAGGAGUCUACCUUUGAUGACUAUGAGAGCACUCCAAUAACGCAAUUUGGAUAUGCGAUGUUGAGGGGUAUGGGAUGGAAAGACGAACCGAAAAGUAAAGACGAUAAGAAGGAUUUGAUGGAACCGUUCGUUCGACCGAAAGGAAUGGGAUUGGGUGCAGAUAAAAUCGCGAAGCCGAAACCGCUAUUGAUACCGCCGGAUGCAAACGAAACGCUGGAAAUCAAAAAGAAUGCAUGUGUUAAAAUUUUGGCAGGAAAACACAAGGAUUUAUAUGGGCAGGUUGAAGGAUUUGAUGACCAUGCGGGCAGAGUAAUUGUUAAACUGGCACUUGGGGGACAUUUCGAAUCCUUGAAUGAGUUUUUGGUGCAACCCGUAUCAAAGAAAGAGUACGCCGAAUACGGCAAAGUGAUAAAUUCUGCUAAAUAUGAAGAGUACAAGAAGCUAGAAAACGCACAAGGACAAAUCGUGCUUAAAACUCCAAAAAUUGAAAAGACUGCCGAUAGUGAAAUAGAAGACCGAAAAGUAGUCAUAAAGCAAGAGAAAAAUAUUCCACAACCUACAAGCUCCAGAAGGUACUCAACCGAUUCCGAGGAAGACGUGAGGCAACGUUACAGGUCAGAUGGACACAGGCAUGAGACGCAUACAAAACGGAGUGAACAACGGGAACGGAGAAGAUCACGAAGCUACAGUUCGUCAGGUCAAUCCAGUGAUGACUAUCGACGAACAGAAAAGAAGAAAUCCUCGAAAUCUAAAAAACAUAAAAAUCGCAAUCGUGAACGUAGUCGAGAUCGCAGUCAUCACAGAUGCACUUCAUCGGAAGAUGAGAAACGACACAAAAAGAAAACCAAGAAAAGUAAACGUCCCAGAUCACGAUCAAGGGGCCGACGAAGGUAGAGAUUUUAUACGGAUUCCUUAAGCUGUCCUGG